AUGCCUCUCUUCUCGCGUCACGCCCACGAACAACCGGUCCAGGAGCCCGUCCACGCCCCUGUCUACGAGGAGCGCCCCAAGAAACACGGUCUCUUCGGCAGCCGCCACCAGUCACCACCCCCGUCCCAGACGCAAGCCAUGCCCGCGCACCGACAGGUGUCCCCUGACCGCGACCACCACAGCGGGGGAGGCAUCUUCCGCCGGUCAACCAACGCCAGCAACAGCACCACCACCACCACCUCGACCAGCAGCACCACGGGCGGCCGCCGCAGCAGCCUGCUGCACCGGACGUUCGGCAACGGCAACAUUGCCGAGAUGGACCCGACCAUCGUCGCGGCACGGGAACGCGUCAUGAGCGCCGAGGCCGCCGAGCGCGAGGCCGACCGUGCCCUCAUCGCUGCGCGAGAGUCUGUCCGGGAGGCUCGAGAGCAUGUGCGCAGGCUUGAACUUGAGGCUGAAGAGGAGGCCCGCCGCGCAAAGAUUAAGCAACAGCAGGCUAAGGAGGUGUCGAAGAGGGGGAAGCAGCUUGGGAGGUAUGGGAAUUAA